CAAUUGCAAAUGCAGAAGGAGGAAAGAUGGAAAGAAAUGCUCUUGCAGCAGGCAGAUAACUUCAUGGGAGCUUUGAAAACUCCAUGCAGCAACAGCAGCAGCAGCAGCAGCACGCCAUGUCUGAAAGUUCCUCAGGUCUGAACACAAGCUGCUUCAGGUUCUGCACCUCACAAUCUUCUCCCUGCUCUGAUCUAAGCAAUCUAGACAUCUGUUUGCCAGUGUUAACAUCAAGGAACCGAGUGAUACAUCAGCCCAGCUGUGAUUCUGGCAUUGCCUCUCCACUUCCAUCAGAUUCUUUCAAGUAUCUCACCUGGCAUGAAUUACAAGAACAUGACGUUCAAGGGAGUCAGAUCCACUGCCCUCGAGUGAGAGAAGGUCCUUCUGAAGAAGAGCGUUUUCUCAGAGGAGAACAUCACACUCUGUUUGCAAGGAAACAUGUGACAGAGAAAGAGAAAUGGGAGAAAAGGCUACAGGAGGACUGGGAAAACUGUGUGAAUUUAAAUCUUUCAUAUCAAGAUUUGGGAGACAUGUACCAGUUAGAAAAUUGUAAAAGGAUUCUCCGUCGAUUAAUCCGAGUGAAAAGGCUUUGGCUGUUGGACAACUCAUUGACAGAUCUAAGUGCCAUAUGCUUGCCAAGAUGCAAAGAACUGAAACUCAGCAAAAAUCAUUUUACGUCCUUCAGACAGUUGCCAAAAAUACCUGAGAUUUGCCAUCUGGCCCUUGAUGAGAACAACAUUGAGACUUUGGAUGGAUUGUCAACCCUGAAAUGCACUCCACUAGAAUCUCUCAUGCUCAAAAGAAACCCCUGUGAGUUUCAAGAAAACUACAGAAAACUCGUUUUCUCCAAGUUGCCAAACCUGAAAGUGCUGGAUGGAAUCCCAAAACUGCCAGAGGACUGCCUUCCACCAGAUACCAAUUUUUUAUUUAAAAUAUGCACCAUAUUAUAA